AUGAGGCACAGCCCCGUGGCUCUCUCGGGCGGAACUCGGCUCGUCCCGGGCUCAGCCUCACGUCUGAGCGACGACCGGAGCGCCGGACUAACGCUGACUCCACGGCCUCGCUGCCUCUGGCCUCAAACUUUUAGCUCAACUUCGCCGCCAGGCGCCGCCGCGCUGGGAGGGCGCUGUGCCUCUGCGCCCGGCCUGGCCACACCCCGCGCUCCCCCGCGCUCCCGGAGGUGGAACCGGCGCCUGGCGCGGCCAGGGCCUGCCCGCCCCCGGCCUCCCGCACUGUCGGCCCCCGCGGCUCGGCCCCGCGCAGACGCUUGGCCGGAUCUCCGGGCCCGGCCGCGCGCGCGCGCGCGCGCGCGCCCCCGCUGCUCAGACUGGGCGACCCGCGAGAAGGCGGCGCCGCGGCCCGGCUGGAGUCGGCGAGGCGCAGAGCCCGGGGUCCGGCCACGAGCGGCGGCCGCGAGCUCAGAGUCCCGGACGCGCAAGGGUGAACGCGCAGCGCGGGCCCCGCGCGAACUCGCCGCGCCGCCCGAAGUCCGAGCCGCCCCUGUGGGGCUCCAGGCGCGCGCGGCUCAGCGCUCCGGGCAGACCCCCGGCUGCCCCUGGACGCUGCGACCUCCCGCCCCGGGAUCUUCCCCCUUCGUGCGCCCCACCGCAGUCCCCCGGAAUUCGAGGCCCAGACCCCACCGGAGGAAACCAUCGAGGCUCACCGGGGCGAGAGAAGCUGUCCCGCAGCAGGCGAUCCAGGCCCACGCCCCUCACCCGCCGUGAGGUGUGAACAAGGUCUAGGGGUCCCCGUCGGGAUUGGAGAGCCAAACCGUGGCGCAGUGUCCCCCGCCGCCUCCCCUGGCUCAGUGGGAAAAUGCAAGAGCGCCGGGGGAACCUUCACUUCGACGGAGGCAGAGCGGGGAGCGCGUGUCAGUGCGUGCGUGAGAGAUAUACAUACUUAUCAGGAGAAAGUGUCUGACCUGAACGUGUCCGCGACCAACUCGAGUUGAGUCCCCGGGGGGGUUAUCUGCGGAGACCCGGAGGAGGAAGGGGUCAAAGCCGACUAGGCGCCCUGACCAGGUGAGGCCAAAGUUAGGAAGGGCCUAACGCCUGUAGCGGGCGGAGGUGGUCCGGGCCCAGGCUGCUGUGGACUCGCGCGCCGGCACCCGCAGCCACGCGGCCCACGCACACCUGGCACUUGUCAACGCCCCCGAAAGUCGCAACUCGGGCACGCCUCCGCGGGGUCUCUUCCGGGGAACGCAGGCAGCGGGUCCCGGUUUCCCGGCACCUGGGGGGGCGGAGCCCGCGGUCGCCGGCUAGGAGGGAGGCGCGGGCCCGGGGACCCGCGGCUCGGCGCGCGUCGCAGCGGUGCGCGCUUCCGCCUUGCGCGGCCCCCGGGCGGCCCUGGCUGGGUCCCGAGCGUCCCGAGCGCGUUCCGAGAAAGUGACUCAGCGAUGCGCUCGAGGGUCGAGAAACUCCGUAAAACUAAGAACGUGGGGAGGGAGCCGGAGCGCCAUCACCCUCUCGCAGCGCCGCGGCCGCGGUCUGUUCUUGAACCUCCGGGCCCGCCACCCCCACUCCGCAGGAAACCGGCACGGGGAGGGCAGCGCUGCAGCCGCAGUGCCGCGGUCACGCGACGCGGGGACGCGAGCGGCGGCGGAGGAGGAGGCUCAGUGCGGGAGCCUGAGGACCUGAUCCAGCCCACCCGCCCCUCCCCCCUGCUCCCCUCCUCCCCUUCUCGCCCUUCGGUCCUCUCUCUUCCCCUCCGGGGCAGGCUAGGGUCUAAGUCUGGAUUAGGAGCUUUCGAAAAAGCGGGACGCGCUUUUUUCCCCCUGAGAUCUCGGCCUUGGAGGGAGGUGGCUACGGAGAAGGCCAGGCCAGCCUCCCCCUUCCCCCAUCAGGCCUGAAGAGCUGCUGCUUUAAACCUUGGAGUCUGGUGGGAAACUGAGGCACAGGGAAGGGAAGAUGUGGCUGUGCAUGAGUCCACGGUGAGAGAGCUCGCCUGCUACAGGGUCCCGCGCUUCCUCCAGGCGCCCCAGGCUGGAGCCCCGCCGGAGUCGCAGGGAGUCGGGUGGAGGCGGGGUUGACCAGAAACCUUGCGGGCGAGGGGAGGCGGGGCAGCCUUUUGGGCUCUUUAUCCGGCCUCCGGGGGCCCAGUGGGAGGGAGGUGAAGGGCAAAGCCCUCUGGCCCGGGUUCCAGUCUGCACAAUGGCUCCUCUGUCCUCCCUGGCGCCUCUUCUCCUGCCCCCCUCACCUCCACGGCCUCCGCUGUAACCCCCCUCCUUCUUGUCAUUCACCUCCCCGCUCCCAGGCCGCCUCUCCCCAGCCUCUCUCUAAAGAACCUUAUCUGAUGCAGAAACUCACCCAUCAGCAGCCCUGGCCCAAGAGACAGGAUUGGGCAAGAACAAGAUGCUUGUGGCCCUUUGACAACUGGGGGCACCCAAACCCGGAGGGGUGAAGGGUCUUGCCCAAGCUGUCAAACCAAUUCCCAACAGAGCGGAGAAGUAAACCCAGGAGUCCUGCCUCCCAGCCGGGAAGACAGGCCUCUUGCUGAUAAAGUUUGAGUAUCCUAUCGAUUGACCCGGUAGGUGGCCUGCCCCAAGGAGAAAGAAAACCGGAGAAAGAAAACGUCUUGAAGCCCUCUCCAGGCUUCCUCCCCCAAGCCUGGUCCUAGCAACCAGCCCCGGUGCCCAGCAAGGCCCACCAGGCUUGAUCUGACCAGAUUGCCGCUGGGUAGCUCAGCUUGAAGGCGAUACCUGUCUCACAGGUCAAAGAGACUGCCUUUCCAUCUCUCCCAGCCACCUCUUCCUCCCCCAGGCAGCCUCCCCAGGGAGACACUCCUGAGAGCCUCUCUUCUGCUUCAGAGAAAGAAAGCAGGCAUUCACUGGGCCCAGCUCCAGCUCUCAGGAAACGCGGGGCCAAGGCCGCCAGAUGGCACAUGACUUGCUUUUAUUAGGAUAGGAUCCCCACCAUCCCUCCGUUCCCGGAAGCAAUCCUCCCUGGGAGAUUGCAGCUCCCAAGUUGAAUUGCAGGGCCUCGAGGCCUCCCUUGACCUUGAGUCCUUUGCGCCUGGGGGGCUGCAAGGGCAGGGAAGGGGAGGUGUCCAACUCUACAAACUCCCCUUAAGACUUGUGUUCAGGACA